UGCCGUCUGUCAUUUUAUUUCUCUCUCAGUUCGAUUCGAUUCACCCAUUCGAUCUAGUCUGCGUCUCAGUACGGGGUAGUUGCUACUCGACUGUCUAUUAUUACAUGGUAGUCAAGCUUGCAUUGUUGUGUUAGUGUUGUGUGGUCAUUGUCUCAAAAUCAAAUUAUUGAAAGUUGAGUUGAGACUGAACUUCGGUUGAGAUAGGCGUAAAUUUCAGUGUCAGAUAAACGAAUAGAAAGGGUUGAGGUUAGGUUAGUCAGUGUUGUGAUUGUGUUUCUUCUAUUGAUCAUCGUCAAUCGUCAUGCAUAAAAUCAUGCAAUGGACGGCGCGGAUGCUGGACUGGGGACCUGGGACAGACUCUGACAGUUCCUGUGGGGCGGAGACCCUGGAGUCUGCCCUGAGAGGACUACGGGAGUGUACUCUGGACCCCCGGGAACUUCCCAGACCCCACAGGCUGCACGACCAUCCAGAUGGUGAUGGCAACAACUGCGGCAAGGCGGUUUGUGGAGGGGAGGUCGACUCCAGGACUUGGUGUUGCUGGAACUGUGCUCAGCUGUCCUCCCAGCUGCUGGAGUGUACCAUCUGCCUGGAGCCUCUAGCGGCCAAGGAACGGCGAGGAGUAACGUCGUGUGUGGAGUGUGGCAACAUCGCAUGUCUGGCGUGCGCUCAGCGACUACCUAGGUGUCCAUACUGCCGCUCAGAGCCGGGACUUGUUCCUAAUCUAGCCCUGCAAAGACUCGUGUAUAGACUUGACAUUCCCUGUCGCAGCAGUGUUCUGCCAGUUAGAUGCCCACAUAAGAAGUGUGAAUGGAGAGGUGAUAUAGAUAGUUUGGCAACACAUCUGGAACAAGCUCAUCUAGUUACCAUACUCAAUGGCAGCCAAGUAACCCUGGAUAUUGCAGACUUCCACAGAAAAGCUGAACUCAGCCUGUCCAGAGCUCGUCACUACUCCGUUCUUCUCUCGUGCUUUUCCGACGUCUUCGUCUGCAAAGUGAUGCUGUACCAAGGCAAACUUAAGGUCAUCUUAUCUCAACUCAGCAAGGUCAAACACUCAAGAAUUGGAGCCUGGGUGGAAAUCUCAUGUUUAUCUAAAGUGACCAAAGGGAUAAUCCAUCUUUCAAAGACCAAAUCUGAGUUUGAAGUGUCUGUUACGAAUUUUGUCCUCCCAAAUAAGGGAAGCAGCGAUAGAGUUACGAUCUCCAUAAGUAUACGACCUCUUUGCUAAAUCAUAUGGUAGACUUCUUCUAGUUUAGGGUAAGUUCAGUUUUGACAGAUUGCUCGAACUGCAUCUGUUACUCAUACACACACUGCGUUUGUCCAAUGUAAACCAAUCACAGGAUGUUUGUGUAGUGCUGUUCAAUAUUCUAAAAUACAAUAUGAUAAGGAGAAGUAUUUUAUUGUUAGUUUUACAUCUGUUAUGCACAACUAUUUCACACACAAUGUUUCAUUCAUUUUUGUAUCAACUUUUGAUGAAUUAUACUUUUUUGUCCUGAUCUGUUCAAACUUGAGGAAGUCUACUCAACAACUAAAAUAUUGUUGAAAUGUGAAAUAGUUAAUGUAGAAAAAUAAUGUGUAAUACAUCUAUUUAUACACAGAAUAAUAGGUACAUUACACCAAAAAUUGUUGGAAUAUUUUUCCUAAACUACUAUGUUCAUUUAUGUUUAACUACCAUGUACUAAUGCUCAACCAAAACAUAGGAAAAUGUUUUUGUCUAAGUGAUAAACUGUUGUUCAUAUUUAAGUUUUGUUUUUAGGUGACAACGAAACAUUUUACAAGUAGUGCCAAGGCAUAUUUUUUGUGAAACCAAUUAUUUAAAAGUGUUUAAAGUAUUAUGUGCAUUCACAUUUUUUUCUUGUUCCAAGUUGCUUUCUAGUACCUUUGAGAAAGUGGCAGGAUAAAAAGUAUUUGGUAUACUCAUCCUUCUCUUAAGAAAACAAUUAUUUUGUGGCUUUAUUUUUAUUUAACAUUUUUUUCUACAAAAACAACUAGAAUUUCAGUACUGGUAGGCUAUUGAGACCAAUGUACAAUUUUUCUGGACUUUAAUUUGAAGACACGGUUCUUAAAGUAUAUCUAUUACAAUAUUUAAGAAAGUUUGUAAUAUUUUUGUAUAUAUUCUAGUUUAAGCUGUGAUUUGUUUAUAAGAUUUGUGUGCAAUGUAGUUUACUAGUUUAAAAAAGUCAAAACAGUCUUUCAAAGGGUUAUGAAUAUUACCGUGCAUAGUUAAGAAGUAUAUAUUUUUCAAGAUAACAAGUAUUUGUAAUUUUUUGUAUGUAAGAUAACUUGCUCAUUUUUAUUUGUUGUCGAUGCUAGAGAAAUUACCAAACUUGUCCAUUCUAAGACUAGCUUUUUAAGUGUCAACUGUCUUAUUAAGUGUACAGUUAUCCAAGCUAGCUUAGUAGUCACAUUGAAUUUUUUAUAGCCCCAACUAUAUCUAAAUUGGUGGCACUUAAAUACAUAAUGUAAUGCCUUUUUAGAUUUUUUUACUGACAAGUAGCUAUCUGGUCUUCAUGAUAAAAACAAUUGGCUACAAAAGCAAAUAUCUCUUUUUGGAAGCAAGUCCUGCAGUUCAUAUAUGAUUGAAUAGUGUAAGUUAACCUAGAAGUCUUUCAACUUGUAUUAUUACCAUUUACACACAGGGAUGCAAUGCUUUAGUUUAUAAGUGAUAAUGUUGAUAUAAGUAUGGCUUGUAAAUGUCUAGUCUAAGAGAGACUGUAGAAACAUGUACAUCAGAUUUUUUUACUGUUGACCAAACCAAUAUUAUGGACUAAUACAUUUUAUACAUUG